AGAAAAGAAAAGAAAAGAAAAGAAAGAAGGCAGGCAGGCAGAUAGAUAUACACAGAUACACACAGAUACACACAGGAGCGACUGGCAGCACUGGACACUGACCAAAACAAUACACAAACACCAAGAGCAAGCCAACGCGUGGGGACAUCGCAAGCCGCGGAGCAGACGAGAGCAGGGGGUGGAAACACGAAGCACAGCACAGGACUGCAAGCCGGACUGGGAAACUCGAGUAAAACCCCGCUGAGGAAUCACAGAGAAAAUAAGAGUGGCGUGACUUUGGACAGGCUCCUGAACUUCAGUGAGGAUAAAAAGAAGACGCUUUGGUUGAAAUUUACCAAUUUGAAAUGAGUUUCAUAACCAUUAAAUGAGUUUCAUAACCAUUCUGACAGCUGAAAAGAACAGUGCAAAAUUUACGUAACAGUUAUUCUCAACCGUACACUGCAGCUUUUAUAAAACUCAUCUUUUUAAUUAAUACGACUAAACUGUAACAACUGUUUUACACCAUUUGUUAAAUUGAUUAAUGCUUGUGCUGUACUCCCAGGAGGCAGCACUGAGAAAUAUAUUUUUUAAUGUGUUGGAAAGUUCGUUUAUAAAAUCUGAACUUAGACUCUUGGUGUGGGGGGGAAAUAAUGAGUGAGUGAGCUAAUUAAUCUUAAAAAAAAAAAGCCAACUUUCCAUUGCAGUUAACCCCCAGUUUAACAUAACAGUGCUAACAGUUUGAUACAAACAAAGUGACGACUGCAUUUUAUUUUUUUUCAAAAUGUACUAGCGAAGGAAACAAAACAUGUUGCACAUGUUGUAGCAAAUCUGCACUCUCUCCUACCCAGUUUAAAAUGCAAGGUGUAUAAGUAGAAGUGUAAAAACUUGGCCUGUGCUGCUGCCAAGUAGUGUAAUGUGAGUUGACAAUCCGCUUUGUGGAAUUUCUUUUCUCCCUUUUUGCUGCAAAAGUAGAUUAAUGAGGUGAACAGAGGUUUCCAUAAAGCAGGGCUCUGGUUUCCGCCUGUAUUUUUUUUUUUUUUUUUUUUUUUCCUGUACGUGUGACUUGAAAGAGUAUAAAAUGAGUAGGUGAGGGAGCAGCAGGGAGGAAGAGCUGGCACCAAGUGCUGCUUCUGGUGCUUCGGGAUAACGAGCGACCGUCCUGGGAGCUGUACCCUGCAUCGCACACCCGCUACGUCACCCACAGUCGCUCAGCAACACCAAUCAGCCAUCCAGAAAACAGAGGGAGAGGGUGCUGGACUACAGAGCCCGAACUCUGGAUCCUGGCCAUGAGGUUUGAUGCCUCACUCCACUGACUGGAGACACUGGACCUAAAUGGCGCAGCAUGACUUUGUUCCUGCCUGGCUUAACUUUUCUACACCCCAGCCUGCCAAGUCUCCCGCACCCAUGCUUGAGAAACACGGAGAGCACUUUUCCAGAGGAGAGGGCCGCUUUGGAGUAAGCCGCAGACGACACAACUCUUCCGAUGGAUUCUUUAACCAUGGCCCUCUUCGCACCGCUGGGGAUGGCUGGCAACAACCUUCCCUUCUCCGACAUGAUUCGGUGGACUCUGGUGUGUCGAAAGGCCCCCACGCUGGGCUCAUCAGUAACCAGGGCUGGAAGGAGAACUCCAGCUGCAAUAGCACGCCCCGGGGCACCGAGGCAGUGAACCACCAUCACCACCGUCACCACCACCGCGCCCCGCAGCGGCACGGGAACGGCAGCGUGCACCCCCGCAAGGGGCCCGCCUUCCAGGACAAGCAGGCUGCCCAGGCCAGGGGGGAGAAGGGCCCCAAGGGGGCGAAGCUGAAGUUUGUGGAAGAGGAUUUUCCAUCCCUCAAUCCGGAAGCAGGAAGGCAAACCAACCAGAGCAGACCUCUGGGGACCCCAGUCGGAGUGUGGGAGAACCCUCCCAGUGCCAAGCAGAGCGUUUCAAAGAUGCUGGUCAUCAAGAAGGUUUCGAAAGACGACCCCUCUGCUGCUUUCUGCGCAGGGUUUGCAAUCGCAGGACCCCUCCCUGCAAACGGAAACAAAACCCACGUCACCGGACCCAGCGUUUACAAAAACCUGGUGCCCAAACCAGCAGCUCCCCUGACUAAGGCAGGUCCAUGGAAACCCAAUGGAAGGGAAAUUAAAUCCGGUUUACAUUUCUCAGGCCGGGACUCCGCCUUCACCAGCCCUGUAUCCGCGACCAAACCUCUGGUUCAAAUGAGCAGCUCGAGUCACACGUCCCUGAAGGAGACUUCCUCCAGCACCACCCCUCCGAUGGACAUCAACCCCCCUCGCCUGGUGAGGCUGAUGCGUCGCAGCACUGACAAGAAGAGCGAGUUUCUGAAGGCUCUGAAGGACGAGAGGAAUGGGGGCGUCUCUGCCUGCCAGAGCCCCUCCGCCCAGGAGGAAGGUCAAAGUAGUACACCUGAACCAACAGAAUAUGGUGAAGGAAAUUGCCAUCAGAACGGUCUUUCUCUCUCGCUCAGCGACUCAGACACUGAACACCUGUCUAGCUCUUUGGAAGCAGAGCAUAGGUUGUUGAAAGCCAUGGGGUGGCAGGAGCACCCAGAAAACGAUGAGAACUGUCUGCCGCUGACUGAGGAUGAACUGAAAGAAUUUCAGGCUAAAACUGAGCAGCUGAAGAAAAAUGGCAUUGGAAAGAACGGACUCCUCUUGAAGAACAACAGCGGUGCUUUUCAGCUUGGUCCCUGGAGAAGCCCACUGGAAUUGGAAGAGGGCUCUGAGACAGAAACAAGCAGCAGUGAGACCUCGGCCGACGAAACCUAACGUGGCUUUAACCUUUUCCUGUAUUUUUUAUUUUUUUUUAAAAUAGAAAUUCUGGCUUGACGCUUUUUUUCCUUCCAUUAAUUUUUUUUUUUUUUUUUUUUGCCCCAAUUUUAGGCUUCACAGAAACUUCUUUGGAUAUUUAGGAAAAGGGCAAUGCACACUGGAUUUUUUUUUUUUUUUUGCAAAACCAAAACUAAUAAGUAUUGAGAUGCUGAAACUUUGCAAAACCGGCUUUGAAUCAUUUUUUACAAGUAACUUGUCGAGUUAGCGGUGUGCUGAAACAAUCAACGUGGAUAAUGAAUAUUGAUGUUAUUGUCUUUUAAAUACUGCUAAUAACCAGAUUCAAUAUUGCUUUUUGAUUUUUUUUUUUUUUUUGCUGGAAAGGUUAAAGGCUUUGUUAUUUAAAUAAGAGAUUUUUGUUUUGCACCGCUGUAAAUUUCUCAUAGGCUCCUCCCUUUGUUUUUUUUUUUUGUUUUGCACGUUCUUGUUCCUGCAGCCUUGAUAUUCAGGGUGGAUUGUAAAAUAUGAUAAAAUAAAAUUUUGUGAGUUUUCAAAGAUUAAGAUUAUUUUGAUAACAUUAUUUACAGAUUUGAAAAGAUAAAAAGGCGUGUCACGUAUGGGGUUAUCUGUAUGAGGACUGGAACAAAAGAAAAUACUGCAUCAAGGAAAGAAAAAAAAAAACUUGGAAUAAAUAUUUUGCAUCAGU